CAAAAUGGAAGAAUAAUUAAAAAAAAUUGACAUACUCAUCAAGAAGCAGAACUUUUAGAAAAGUAUUAAAAAACUUGAAGAACUCCAAAAUCAACUCAACGAAAGGAUCAUAAAUCCUGAGGAAAUAUUAGAAGAAGACCAAGUAAGUCAUAAUAAAGAAUUAGAUUUUAUAAAGCAAUAUUUAUGAGAGGUUUGCAACAAUUUUCAUAGAUAUCAACUAAGUUUAUAGAGCAAUGUAAUACUUGAUAAAGAUGAUUAAAAUAGAGAAAGACAUUUGUAAAACCUCAAAUAAUAAGGAUAGCAUUCUGAGACUAUGUAAUUCAUAUGCAAAAAUAGGUAAUAAAAUAUUUAAUGAAUUAUAGGAAGGUGUUGUUUCUAUUGUUGCUAUUAUGAAUAGACAUUCAAAUAUUUGGAUUAUGCUCAAUAAUUACUCAUUGAAAAUAAUCUAACUAGAACAGGAGUUUACGCAUUAACUUUAACAUAGUUGGGAAAUUAUUAUAGAUUCAUGUUUCAAGAUGACUUAGCAGAAUAAAUGUUAAGUGAGAGUAUCAAAAUUAGAGAAGAACUAUAUUCAAGGGAUUCUAUAGUAAAAUUUAUAAUUAUUCUAGGAAGUGGCUGAUUCAGUACAUGGACUGGCUUAGCUAUUCUCAGAUGAAGGAAAAAUUCAAGAUGCCAUGCUCUAAAUUAACAAAGCCAUAUCCAUUUUGACUAAUGUAUUAGGUUAUGAGCAUAUCAAAACUGCUAAAUCAAUUUAUCUUAAAGGAAAUUUAUAUCUAAGAAUGAAAUCGACUUAAGAAAGUAAUAAAUUAUUGUGAAACUGUAGAUUUAGAAAAAGCAGAAUAAUUGAUAAGUCAAAGUCUGCAAAUUAACAUUAAAAUUAUGGGGAAUUCCUCAUAAGAUAUUGCUGAUUGCUAUCAUUCAUUGGGUAAGAUUAAGGCAUAUAACAAAUGUUCAAAUGAAUUUGAAGAAUAUUUUCAAAAAUCAUUGGAAAUUUUGCAGGAAUUGUAUGGCUAGAGUCAUGCAAGCAUUGCAAUAAUAUUAAACAAUUUUGGAAGAUCAUAUUAUGAGAGAAAAUAAUAUGAAGAAGCUGUAAAAUGUUUUUAAGAAUCUAUCAAAAUUUAUACUUAAUUAUGUGGGGAUAUGCAUGGAAAUUUAGCAAUUACAUUAAAGAACUGUGCUGAUUGUCAUAAGGAAUUGGGACGAUUUAAACAAGCUUACAAUGAUUAUUCAAAGUCAUUGGAGAUUUACAAAGUAUAAAUGAAUAUUAACUUUAGAAAAUGCAAAUUAAUCAAUAACAGGUGAACUAAAUUCAAAAUUAAAUGAUCUAAAUCUCUGAGAAGUUUUUAGAAGAUUGA